AUGGCGAAGGGGCGUGCCCUGUUGCGCUGGGCUCGCGAAGGUGCUGGCGUGUGCGCUGGUCUCCUGCGGCGGCGGAGGUGCUGCCCCAGCGUCCCCACGGCCGCGGGUGGUGGGAUCGGAAAGGCGGGGGGCGGAGGAGCUGGUGGCGGGAUGGGGGCGGCAGCGGAGGAGCCGGCGGGGGAAGCAGAGUUGCCAGGGGGGGCAGGAGCGGAUGAACGGCGGUGCUCGGGAGAGGAGCAGAGCAGCUGGGGCGCGGGGAAGGGGAACGAUUCGAGGCGCGAGGAGAAAAGUGGAAGGGACGAUGAGAAACCGAUGAGCAUCCUCACCUGCAGAUUCGGAUCGAUGGAUGGAUGGCCGACGGGAACGCCCGUACGCACGAUUGGACUCCUCCUCCUUGGGCGCUUGCUAAUUGGGUUGGGUGGAAUGAAUUGGGAUGUUAUUGAGCGUUCCUCGCCACCGCGGCCGUGCCGUGCUGCUCCUCUUCUCCGAGACGCUGGGAGCCCGGAUUGGAGGCGUCCGGAAGACGAGAGCGAGAGGCGGAGAGGGAUGACGUGA